UACGAUGACAUCGUCAAGAGUUACCUCAACCCGCCGGACCGGAGAGUCAAGUCGGUGGCCCUGAAAAACCACUGUUUCGUCGCCGUGCAGGGGCCAUUCAAGCAAAGUUCGGGCGGAGACGGCGCCGUCAUGGGUCACUCCUACAACAACUUUCGCACCAAGGAGGUCUACCGUAUUUUGGUGGCUUCCUCCACAAAUGAGCGCAUUGAAAAGUGUCUCAACUACCUCAAGGAGACCUUCCCACACUCCUGCCUGAAAGCAACUUCGAGGAUGUUUUAG